AUGCCGGAGUUUCUCAAGUUAAUUGAAGAUUAUUGGAAGGAUGCUCCACCAUUGUUUGAGUCGACAUCAGCUCUCUUUCGCUUCUCAAAAUCUCUAAAAGCUCUGAAACCUCUAACAAGGCAGUUGAGUAAAGAGAAACCGGGGAAGCUAUCAAUGAAGGUUAAAGAAGCUUAUCAUGAUUUAUGUGAGAAACGUGAGAGGCUUUUAAAUAAUCCUUCGCAGGAUAAUAUAAAGGAGGAAUUAGAUGAGAAUUCACAGUUUCUACUAAAACGGUUGCUCGAUUCUGCGACCGAGGAACUUUUGGCUAGACAACACAAGGUACUUGCACAAGCACAGUUAGGUUUGCCAGAGAGGGUUUCUACACAGAUUGCUACUACUAAAGCAAACUCAAUCUCAAGGGGUAUCGUCAAGUUGCCUAGUAAGGCUGCUUUAACACAUGAAGUCGUUGAUUCAAUCGAACGAAUCGAAACGCAGCUUUCUGCUUAUCAGUUUUGUUCUAGUCGUGGUGAUAGAACAAGGUCAUGCAAGUCUCCUAGUGUAAUAACUCCAAUGGAAGAAGAAGGUUACUCAUCUUCUGUAAUGCCUUUUCAUAGGUCAAGCGAGAAAGCGUUGAUGGAACCAAGACAAAGCUAUUUAAGGAGUAGGCAAAUGAGGCAUACUACAAGAACAUCAAGCGUAGCACCUAGCCUGAGAAGUGUGACUAAUAAUGCAACAGUUCGAAGCCGUUAUGAUCCAGAUUUGGCUCUUCAGUCACACUCUUCUCAUGAUGAUCAGAUUGUUCUUGCCACGUCAAGACCACCAUUACCGCCACGUCCUCUGAGGUCCGUUGGUUUCGAGAAGCCUAGCAGAACGUCACAGAAGAUGGCGAGUAUGAAACCAACUUUGUUGUUGGAUCAAGGAACCGAGACUGGAACAAGCUCAGAAAGUGAAGAACAAGUUUACUCAACAGAUCAAGAAUCAGAAGAAGCCUCUGGGGAAACAGUAUCAACCUCUGGCUCAAGCUGGGAAACUCAUGCUGAGAGCGUCACCGGGACAGACUCAUCAUAUCCAUCAGAGAGUGAAGGUGAUGGUGAGAACCCUCAAGUCAGUGAUUCUCCUCCACAUAACAGAUCAAGGGGUCCUGCAAAACAGAGGAAAAAAGCAACAACAGGGCGGCUUAAAAGAUUCAAGGACAAGCUAGGUAAAGUGUUUCACCAUCACCACUACCACCACCACGAGCAUCACAACAAGGAAGAAGAGCAAGGCCGCAAGCCAUCAGCUUGGAAGCAUUUAGUGAAGAAACAUCUCCACAAAGACAAAGAGAAAUUGCCCGAAAGGCGGAUGAAGUCAGAAUCCAAAGGUCUAACUACACAUAACAACAAAGGUGGACAGUUUCAUGCGCUGGUAAAAGGAUUCAUGAGACAUCAUAGAAGACACUCAAAGAACAAAAAGAAAAAGUUGCAAACCCCUAAGCGUCAAGGUGUUGUCAAGCUUCCCAAAAGAGAGAGGGUUAAGUCAGAAAAAAACAAAUUAUUUAUGUAA